UUCACUUAAUUGUUAAUUAUUAAGUGUCUGUUAACUUUUUGUGUGUGUGUGUGUAUGUAAUUUAUUGGUAUCAUUAUUUGAUUUGAAUAGAUACCCAGUAGUUAUUAAUAAUCAAAAGUUACUGCUGUAAUUUUGUUUGUAUUAAGACUCCCUUAAGCCAAGUUAAAGUUGAGCACAUUGCAUAAAUUAAUUUCUGCUAAAAACUGCAUUUCUUUAUAACUAUUAAAAUCCCUCAUUCUGCAACUUUACAAUAGAAUAGAAAUAUGUUAGCAGCAAAAGCCCUCUCUUCGGGUCCGUCGUCUAUCCCACAAAGCUCAAAACUUGUAAAAACUGGCAUCAAACCGUUACAAAACCCGUCAAGAUUUUCAUAUGUACGUGUCAAGUCAUCGUCUCAAUCUGUUUCGACGGAAACUUUAUCGGCAGCCCCUGCAAAAACCCGAGUCAAAAUCCUUUCUGAAGCCCUGCCAUUUAUCCAGAAGUUUCGGGGAAAGACUGUUGUGGUGAAAUAUGGCGGUGCAGCAAUGAAAUCUGAAGCGCUGCAGUCGUCUGUUAUUUCUGAUUUGGUGCUUCUUUCUUGCAUUGGUCUUAGAAUUGUGUUUGUUCAUGGGGGUGGGCCUGAAAUUAAUCAAUGGCUUAAUAGGUUAGGAAUUCAGCCUAAUUUUCUUAACGGGCUACGAGUAACGGACGCUUCGACUAUGGAGAUUGUGUCGAUGGUUUUGGUUGGGAAGGUUAAUAAACAGUUGGUUAGUUUGAUUAAUAAAGCUGGUGGGACUGCAGUAGGGUUAUGUGGAACUGAUGGAAGGAUAUUUACGCCUAUUCCUUGUGCGAAUGCUGCUCAGUUAGGGUUUGUUGGAGAAAUUUCAAGUGUGGACACGUCGGUGUUAAGGCCGUUGAUUAAUGACAAUCUGAUCCCAGUGAUUGCUUCAGUGGCUGCAGAUGGGACAGGGCAGUCGUAUAAUAUAAAUGCUGAUACGGCUGCAGGGGAGCUAGCUGCGGCUUUAGGGGCGGAGAAGUUGCUUUUGUUGACGGAUGUGGCUGGGAUUCUUGAGAAUAAAGAGGAUCCCGAUAGUUUAGUGAAGGAGAUUGAUGUGAAAGGUAUUAAGAAAAUGAUGGAGGAUGGGAAGAUUGCUGGUGGGAUGAUUCCGAAGGUGAAUUGUUGUGUGAAAUCAUUGGCUCAAGGGGUUAAGACUGCGAGUAUUAUUGAUGGACGAUUGGAACACUCUUUGCUUUUGGAAAUUCUUACAGAUGAAGGUGCUGGAACGAUGAUUACCGGGUAAGAUUUAGUUUUUUGGUUUGUUGAUGUUUACCGUAGCACUUUCUUGUUUGAAGUUUGAAGUUUUGGCUAGUUCAAGUUUUAGUUAGAUUUCUGUAGUGACAUGGCUGAAUCGUGUAAGCUGUUUGUUGUCCUGAAUAUUGGUUUCUUGGUAGACAGAUUGUAAUUUAUAGAAUUACCAUUGAUGUAGCAUUGACGUCUGUUGACAGUGGAUUUGUCAAAUCAAUAAAGUUUUAAUUUUGGCUAUUA